AUGCCUCUGCUAAAGCCUCUGACGAGCGAGACUGCAAAUCCAAACGCAGCAACAGCCGCGGCCUCGGCUUUCAUGCGCAGCGAGCCCUCGAAUUCAUUAUCAUCCGCCGCCGCCGCCGCCGCACUCAAAGCACGUCCUACCACCCCGACCAAUGUCGCCGAAGUCCAGUCAAAGCGCGCUCUGCGGAGGAGUGCCUCUAUCACGAGAAGUCCGGACCGAUCGCGCCAUGGGAAACAGCUCCAGAGGUCUCCCAGCGCCAGCUCUAUGACCGAGCGCACUUUCAGGUCACCCUCGCCUGGCCGCAACCCGGCACCAGUACCACACGAUGCCCCUCCUGUUCCCAGCUUACCGAAAACCGAGCCUCAGAAACAGUCGUUCCGAAGUACGAACCAGAAAACCAAAAAUGGCAGUGGGGGCAUUAGCAUUAGGACGUCGGAUCUUGUGUCGCGAACCUCCACCGACGCCAACGAUGCCAGGCCUGGAAGCAUCAGCCCUUCGAUCAACUUUUCCUAUCCCAGGGCGACAAUAGAAUCACCUACACUAUCUGCACCGUCUGGUUCAGAGGUCACAUUGGUCUAUGACCCCAACUCUAGGAGAAUGGUUCCCAAACUGGAAAUCGUAGACAAGCAUCAUGUUCAGCGAACACCAGAAAAACCGGCGAAGAAGAAGAAGCAAGCAUCACAACCAAUUGGUGGUCGUGCUGAAGUGACGAAAGCUCUGGUUGCCGAAUCUCCAGGCCGUGAUCAGACUCGCCCAGCAGCGACAUCAAAAACGCACCAAGUAGCAGUAAUGGACGACCGCUCAACACAACCAACCAAGUCAGCGCAACCAGCAGAAGUCAAGCAUCAAGGAACACCAGCCGUGGAGUCAAAUACGAGCAACACAGAGCCUCCCCCACGUAACAUAAUCAGCUCUGAGGUUGAAGUGCUGAGUCCUGCACCCAGUGCGCCCCGCUCAUUCCCCCUAAGGGUCAAUAAGUUGCCUUUGAAAACGGAUGGAGAGGAUGACACAAGCAACGCUGUUGACUCUGGCAGCGCUCAGGAGACGGACCACGCAGCUCCUGCAGUCUCUCCCCCUACUUCUGACACGCAAAUACAAACGACAUCGGGCGAAGAUAGGGCCCCGCCUCAAGAACCAGUUGCAGCUCCAAUUGCCGAACCGCGUGGACAAGCAAGGGAAGUCCGAAGAACUCGGGUAGAAUCACAGAGCCCUUCGCACUCUCCCGCACGAUCUGCCCACUUUGCGCCGACGACGGCUCAACUCUUAGUUCGCCAUGAGCCCCCUCCCAGAUCAAUUUCCCCUCGAAAAUCGGCUUUGAAGCAGUCCAAUAACGUCCGAGGCAGUGGCCUAUCUGAUGAUAGCUCCGAGGCCUCGGGGUCAGUGAGUGGGCAGUAUUCCAGAGACAGCUCCGUCCAAGCCACCAAAAAAGCUUUUCGCGUUAGUUUCACGGAUGAGAACACAGUUGUCGCUGGAGAUUCAGCCGAACCGCGGGAGCCGAGCCCUCCAACAUUACCAAGCCCACAAGCUAAGAAACCAUGGCACAAUGUCAUCACACGACAUCAGAAAAAGGACAGGCCUCUCGUGGACGAAGACGAAACCAUGUCCCCCAGGCCUGCUUUACCAUUGUUCGGUAGCGUGCGAGACAAGAAACCACGAGAGCCCGAUAACGAGCGUCCGCUUGUUCGCCCUUCAGAGAAGAUUUGGUCCCCGGGGCCAGGACCAGAAGCGUCUAGAAUGUCAAACGAUUCCCCGGUUGGGUCUCUUUCCGCACAAGAGAAUGCAUCCCGGAACGCAGCCAAUAUAUCGAAAGCACGAGAGCCACUCCCACCAGUUGUCCAGUCUGUUGACAUGAUAGGCUACGUGAGCAAUAGUCCGUCGAGUUCAGAUGAUGAAUUGGACGAUUCAGACACUGCUCGGUCCACUCAACUCACAGAGCAACACUGUGAUUCCCAGCCAAAAGAGGACCCCACUCAACCACCCAGGCAAGAGAUUUCUUCCGACGAGAAAUCAUCACUUAUUACUGCAGAUCCAAAGUCUUUGGACGGGAAUGGACACGCACAGGAUGAUUCACCAGUGAUUAAGCAAACGCUGCUCAGGCGGCCAGAAGAUGUUCCAAUAAUUUCCAUCACAAACCCCAGCCCUUUAUUGAAGGACGUGGAUGACAGCUCACCGGCUAGUGACUACUUCGAUGUCCCGGGCGGCUUUCCUGAGGACGGCUCUUCUGAGCCUGUUGUCGUUGGAAACGACACACCUUCUCUCGAGAUAGUCACCGAGCCUUCACAAGCGCCAACACUGGCCGAAGUUGAAGAGACGCCUGUCCCUGGCUCGCCCAUGGGAGAUAUCAAGGAGGAGGAGGAAUCGACAGAUGGGAGCAGCAUCUAUAGCGACGCCUACGAAGACCUCUCAGAUAUAGAGGGUGAUGGUUUCAUGUCGUUGGAUGCCGUCCUCGAAUCUCCCACAAGUGGAAAGAUGGCCAAGAUCUACGAGAAGGCUCUGUCCCAGGCCAAAGAAAACGAAACAGCUGCAACGUCGGUUUCCGAUAGUGGGGUUCCCGAGGUGUUACCCAAAACCUCACAGGACUGGGAGAAUGCAAAGGUAUAUUGGCGUAGUCUCUCCUCUGAUAAGCGCCGCCAGCUUGAGGUCGAGGCGAUGGAGGAAGCAGCAGAGGAAGCUGAUCAAGAGGCGCCGUCUAAAGUAAAGAAAAGCAAGAAGAAGAGGCGUUCAGCUGAUCGGCAGGCGCUGACCGCCGGCGCCACCGAGAAUUCGCAGAUGGUCAAUGGAUCACACCGAGGGCCAAAGGCAUCUACCAGGGAGGAAGUACCCGUAAAACCCUUUCGCAAAUCGAUGCGAGGCAACCGGCCUCAAGAAACGGGAGAACCUCAACAACCAAGGGGUUCUAUGCGCAAAAGUUUACGUUCUAAUGGGGAUGUUGGGGAUUCUCACACAUCCCGUCCCUCGUCAUACCACCAAGGUUCUGCAGCUGAACCAUCAAACGACACGAAACGAUCGAUGAUACUCAAUGGGCGUCCAGCAUCGUCAGGGGGUAUAGUCGGUGCAAGUGGGAAGCCUACAUUGAGAAGGCGUGGAUCUGACUCGAGUGAGAGCAGCUUCAAACGCUCACGGUCAACUCAUGGAGAGGGAUUUGGCUUCCGGAGGUCAAUGAGAGAGCCAGAGCCGCAACAUUCUUCCAAGGGCAGUGGCCGCUUCAGUCUUCGUUCCCUUUCUCCACCAGGAUCACCUUUCCGCCGCCAAAGCUUUCAAGCGACAGCAUCUAUAAAUACUGGCGGGGGAGGAAUGAAGCAGUCAUUGCGAAGCGAUUCAAAAGACACCAAACACAAACGUUUUUCUUCUUUUGGACGACCCUCGGGCAAGAAAGCAAAGCAGGGCAAGCUGGGAAGCCGCUUCGCAGACUCAAGCGAUGAGGAAGAUGCGCGCCCGUCGAUGUUCAGGAGCCGCUUUGCUGAUUCCAGUGAUGAGGAUGACAGGCCCUUGUCCUCUCACAAACAACGUGGUUUUGCCAAGACAAUGAGGACGAGUCAGGGUGCCAGUUCAGCAGCCGCUGCAGCCUUGGGUGUCCCUCCCGCUCAGCCCAGGGCAGACUCGCCUGAUCUUCCGGACAGUGACGAUGAAAUUAUCCAACCAAAGCGUGGCUCCUCCGUGAUUGGAAAUGGGCGUCCUCCUGUGCAACGGAAUCGGUCCGGGCGUGGUGAACUGGCCUCUAACGCUGGCCUCAUUGGAACUGAGGACCUGGGAGAUCGCCCCUCUCAUACCCGCAGGAACAGUUUCAUGUCCAGCAUACUCCGCAGGAAGAAAUCACCUGGGAACAAGAUAACGCGGGAAAUCAACGAGAGUGCUGCGCGCCGCGACACAAGACUUGAACGAAGUACCGAAGAGCUUGCCAUGAUCCGAAGCAACAGUGGCAGCCGUCUCCCAACCCAGAAGCGUGGUCCUAGUUGGCCUCUGACGGACGGAGGCGAAGAAAGCGGCUCCAAAGCAACCGCCGAAGCUCCUAUACCACGCCCUGCAACCAGCUCUGGUGCUGGUCCCUCUGCCUCCUCACUGGGCUUUCUCAAGCGCCGAAGCCUAUCCCACCAAGAAGUGCCUCCUUACGUUCCGCCAUAUGCUGGUCAAGAACAGGAAGAAACACCUUCUGAGGUCAUGGGCAAGAAGAAGAAGUUUGGCACACUGCGCAAAAUGUUUGGUCUCAAUGAUUAG